AUGUUGGAGGAGAUUCGAACAAGUCAGAUGGAAAGAAUUCAGAUCAGAGGCCCUUGGAUCAAAAGCUACGAUCACGCAGUCCCUCCUGUUAUCAAGGAGCUUGUUGAAAAGUGGUACGCGAGGGCUUCAUCGUGGAGGGCUACAUGGAACGAACAGUCUUCGUAUCAAGUAAUUGGGCCGUCUGGCCAAUAUGUUGUCAACAUGCGUGAUUUCACAUGCUCCUGCAGAUUGUGGCAGCUAACCGGAAUCCUGUGCACACAUGCUAUCGCAACAAUCAACAAGAAUGACGACGACGUGACGCGAUUUGUCUCCCGAUAUUAUUUGAAGUCAACAAUGAUCAUGUUGUACGAGAAUGUCCUUUACCCCAUCAAUGGGGUGGACAAUUGGCCCAAGUCUACUUCUGAUGGUGCGUUGGAACUGGCGCCCCCGCAGACAGUGACAGCGUGUUAG